AUGACAAUAUCACGCGAGGAUGGCGAAGAUUCACAUCAACACCAUCAUCAUCACCACCACCAUCAUCAUCAUCAUCGCGGUGGUCAGGGGCAUAAUCACGGUAAUAAAGUUCCAUAUAAUGGCUAUAAUUCCGAGGAGUAUCUGGAUCGACUGGAACCAAAUGGAAAUAUACCAGCCGAUAAGUCGAAUUGCAGAUAUGGAGCCCAAGAAACUGCAAAAAACGAUAAAACACAAGACUGGCGUAGCACCGACAGCACCGACCACCAUGAUCGCGUCCAGCGGCAAUUGUCCGUUUCAUCCGAUAGCAAAUUGCUGGACGAUGACAUUCGAGAGGAGACGCGCGUUAUUAUGCGUCCGAAAAAGCCGCCCAGACCUAAAUCGGAGGUUUUCCUCAACAAACAAGAAACGCAUCCGCGACGGAAACGAUUUAGUGCUUUUGGUGGUGACUCGCCAUUUGGAAAAUCUGAUGCCUACAUAAAACUGGAACCGCUCGGUGAGGGUUCAUAUGCCACUGUCUACAAAGGCUUCAGCAAUUUAACACAUCAACGUGUUGCAUUAAAAGAAAUUAGACUGCAAGAGGAGGAGGGUGCCCCAUUUACGGCGAUACGUGAAGCCUCGCUGCUGAAAGAACUGAAACACUCAAAUAUUGUGACGCUGCACGACAUUGUGCAUACAAGAGAAACGCUGACGUUCGUUUUUGAAUAUGUGAAUACCGACUUAUCACAGUAUAUGGAAAAGCAUCCUGGCGGUCUGGAUCAUCGUAACGUACGUUUAUUUCUGUUUCAAUUGCUGCGCGGCCUCUCCUACUGCCAUAAGCGACGCGUCCUGCAUCGUGAUGUUAAGCCGCAAAAUUUAUUGAUAAGCGAUUGUGGUGAAUUGAAAUUGGCGGAUUUCGGUUUGGCGCGCGCAAAAAGUGUUCCCAGUCAUACGUAUUCGCAUGAAGUCGUUACGUUAUGGUACCGUCCACCAGAUGUUCUGCUCGGCAGCACUGAAUACUCGACAUCGCUGGAUAUGUGGGGCGUCGGUUGUAUAUUUGUGGAAAUGGUAACUGGCAUGCCCACAUUCCCCGGUAUACGUGAUACAUAUGAUCAACUGGAUAAAAUAUUUAAAUUACUCGGCACACCCACUGAGGAGACGUGGGCGGGUGUAACACAUUUUCCUGGUUAUAAACCGCAUAAAUUAGGUUUUUAUCGACCCCGCAAAUUAGGUCACAAUUUUCCUAGACUCUAUGACAUCGUUGAUGGUGAGACGAUAGCGAAUGCCUUCCUGCAAUUAAACCCAGAGGAAAGAAUAGGAGCUGAAGAGGCGCUGCAACAUCCAUACUUUGCGCCGUUGCCGCGAAAACUCUAUGAGUUGCCCGAUGAAACAUCAAUAUUCAGCGUUGAGGGAGUGCACUUAUUUCCUGAGCCGAAUCGGCAAAAUAAAUGAAAAUUAAAGCAAGUCCUUUCGGUGGAUGGUGUACGUUUCUAUUGUUAGCAGCAACAGCCAUAAAUAUUGUAAUUCAACUUUUUUACUUCAAGCUUAAUUUUUGUAUAACAAUUGUUUCAAUUUUCUAUAUUUUUAUUUAAUAAUUUUAUGUAGUUGUAAAGCAAAGUUGAAAAAAAAACAACAACGCCACAAUUGAUUUGUAAAAUUAGUUAAUUAUCAGCGAAAAUGUGAGAUAGAAAAGAUACAAACAAAAACAAAAACAAAAACA